UGUAUUUUGAUGUGACUGUAAACCACUCACGUUGAGCCACGAAAAAUGCAAAUGGCUGCCAAAAAUCCCAAAAAAAUCCUCGCUUAAAAACUAAUUCCACGUUAGCCAACCAUGAACUAAAAACCUACGGACUGCUCUUUAUAUUUUCAUGAUGCGAGAGAUGGUUUUAACAGCGGCCAGUCUAACACUGACCGGUGCUGUGGUUGCAAAUGCUUACUACCAAAAACAUCAGUUUUAUCCCUCUGUCGUUUAUCUGACAAAGUCAAGUCCAAGCAUGGCUGUUCUUUAUUUGCAAGCCUUUGUCUUCGUUAUCUUACUGGGCAAACUCAUUCGUAAAGUAUUUUUCGGCCAACUUCGAGCUGCGGAGAUGGAACAUUUAAUUGAAAGAUCCUGGUAUGCUGUAACAGAGACUUGCCUGGCCUUCACAGUAUUCAGAGAUGACUUCAGUCCACGUUUCGUUGCUCAGUUCACAUUACUUCUUUUUAUCAAAUGUUUUCACUGGCUUGCCGAAGAUAGAAUAGACUAUAUGGAAAGAAGUCCAGUGCUUACUUGGCUCUUUCAUCUCAGAGCUGUUACAUUACUGAUGUUUUUAGGAAUGUUUGAUAGCUUUUUGGUUCAUGUUGCUUAUAAUACAACUAUUCAAAGUGGUGCUUCAGUUCAACUGGUUUUUGGUUUUGAGUACGCCAUUCUCUUAACUAUAGUGGCUACCAUAUGUAUGAAAUACUUUCUCCAUGUGAUAGACUUACAGAGUGAAAACCCUUGGGAUAAUAAAGCUGUCUAUUUACUUUAUACAGAACUUAUCAUGGGAUUCAUUAAAGCUGUUUUAUAUAUAUGUUUUGUUGGUAUUAUGAUCAAGGUCCAUACCUUCCCCUUAUUUGCUAUCAGACCCAUGUAUCUUACACUGAGAGGAUUCAAAAAGUCUCUCAGUGAUGUUAUAAUGUCUAGACGAGCUAUUGCGAAUAUGAAUACCUUAUAUCCUGAUGCCACACCCGAGGAACUCUCGCAAGGUGACAAUGUGUGUAUAAUUUGUCGAGAAGAAAUGACGACAGGAUGUAAGAAAAUCCCCUGCAACCAUAUCUUCCAUGCAAGCUGUCUCAGGUCAUGGUUCCAAAGACAGCAGACCUGUCCUACUUGUCGUAUGGAUGUGUUACGACCUAUGCCAAGGCCACAGACACAACCUACCCAGCCUCCUGCACAACUGCAAAUGCCACAAGGAAUGCCAAAUGGUGCACAAAUGAUGCCACCCUUUGGUAUGUUCCCUGGCUGGCCCCCAAUGGGUAUGCCACAACAGCAUUUUCAACAGCCUGGACAACAGCAGCCUGGACAACAGCAGCCUGGUCAACAGCAGCCUGGUCAACAGCAGCCUGGUCAACAGCAGCCUGGUCAACAGCAAACAGCAGCCUGGUCAACAGCAGCCUGGUCAACAGCAGCCUGGUCAACAGCAGCCUGGUCAACAGCCUGGUCAACAGCAACCAAACCAGCAACCAUUACCAUUCACAGAUCCAACACCAACUGGCACUACUCCAACAUUUACCACAGCCCAAUCUCAUACAACACCAACCUUUCUUCCAUGCCUGGUUUUAACAUGCCGCCACCAUUCAUGAUGCCACCUCCAUUUAUGAUGCCACCUAUGUUUGGUAUGCCAUUUAUACCCCCAACAGUCCCCCAAGGGGUAGAUUUGUCAUCAAUGAGUACAGAAGAGCUAAGGAACCUGGAAGGUCAAGAGAGGCAAAACUUAGAAGCAAGGAUAGCAUUGAUUAGAAAUGUUCACAUGCUAUUGGAUAUGGCUGUUAGUCAGCUCAACCAGUAUACAAUGAUGGUCAAUCCUCAAAGUCCAACUGUAGGAUCUCCAGAAACCCAAGAAGGGGGAGCUGCUGCAAAAGCAGAGGGUAAAAAAGAUAAGGCACCACAAGAUUGGCCAUCUUCGUCUAACAUCACUGUACCAACUGCUACUCCACCUGUAUCUGUACCUGUAUCUACUGAGAGUACUGGGUCAGAUAAAGUGGCUACUAGCACUACUGUUGAGCCAGAGACUGUUGGAAGCACUGAUGAGACAGAUGUUGGAGAGGAUGGUACUAGUAAUGAGGUAAGGCGACGUCGGCUUGAGAGAUUCACCAAAGAGGAAGCAAAACAGGAGAAAGUUGAGACAGAUGAUGAGUGAACGUUUGGUAUCAUGCAAAUGGAAACGAAUGAGAUAAAAGGACAGGAAUUUGGAGUAAAAGAGAAAAAAGGGAAAUAUGGACAUUGUGGUAAACUAUCUUUAAAGAUUGAUUAAUGGAAAUCUUUGCAUGGAAAAAUAUUCGACAAUUACAGAGAGAGAGAUAGAAAUUACCGAAAUAGUUAAACAACCAAACAAGAGGUGCAAAUGUAAUUGAUCUAACAGUCAGGGUCGUAGCAAGGUCAAUUUCCUUUGGGGGAGGGGGGAGAGGCAGCCUGGUGACCAAGCUAAAGAGUGCAUAGCAAACCUGCAAGCAAAACAGGUUGUUAUAUCAUGGGACCAGCUCCCCAGCCCCUUCCCUAGCUACAGCCCUGAGCAGUAAAAUGGUAUUUUGAUAUAAUCAGUACGACCAGAAGUUCAUAACUAGAAGUGUCCAUCUUCCUAUAUAUGAAACGUCCGACGUGUUUUACGUCUGAGCUAUUUUUAGUAAAAUUGACGUCUGCACCGGAAGUGACCAAGCAAGCAGGCCAAACAAACAAAAUGGUGGACUCGGGGUUUCCCGUGUGAGAAAAGCUUGGAUUUGCUUGAGUGUUAUGUUCGAUAAUAGUGUACGCCAUAGAAAAGACACUUAGUUUCUUUUUUACCAUAACAAAGUCCAAAAA